AUGUUUCCCAUUCGUAAGAUCGUUCUGUUCAAGCACGGCGUUGGCUACUUCGAGCGUCAGAAGAAGGUCACCGGCGAAACAGAUGUGGACCUCUACUUCAAGACCAGCGAGAUGAACGACGUGCUCAAGUCGCUCACCGCUGUGGACAUCGGUGGCGGCAGCGUCGCCUCCAUUUCCUACCAGGCCAAGACGCCCGUCGAGAAGCAGCUCGAGCAGCUGUCGCUGCACCUCAACGACCCGCUCAACUCGCUCACCGAGCUCCUUCGCCAGGCGAUCGGUGCCGAGGUGGCGCUGACCCUCUUCGACGGCGGCGUGGUCGAGGGCACCGUGCUGGGCCUCGAAAAGGUGACCGUCGUGGAGACGGCCACGGAGGAGGGCAGCACCACCCCGACCAGCAAGGUCGUGGAGAAGGAGGUCCUCAACCUCCUCAUGGAAGACGACUCGAUUCAGGCCUUCCCCGUGCUCGAGCUCGAGAGCUUCGUGUUCAAGGACACGACGCUGAGGCACGACCUGCAGCACCUGCUUGACGUCCUCAUCAACGCCAAGAAGAAGGACCUCAAGAAGCUCACCGUCUUCGCCAAGGGCGAGGGCGAGCGCACGCUGGUGGCGUCGUACGUGAUUGAGGCACCGGUGUGGAAGACGUCGUACAGGCUGCUGCUCACGCCCGGCAAGAGCUUCCUCCAGGGCUGGGCGCUGAUCGAUAACACGCAGGACGAGGACUGGAACGGCGUGACCCUCACGCUGGUGAGCGGCAAGCCCAACGCCUUCACCCACGACCUCUACUCGCCGCGCUUCCGCCAGCGCCCCGUGCUCAAGGUCAACGAGGACGCGCCGCAGAAGCCGCCCAAGCUCGAGGACGUGCUGCCCUACCACUCAGAGUCGCUGCUCAAGGACGCGCCCGCCAUUCUCUCGUCGCUCUCCACCUCCGAGGCCCAGAUCGGCCAGGUGUCGUCGUCCAACUCGACCAAGUUCGUCGAGCCGCCGCGCCCGUCGUACUCGUCGAGCGCCGUUCCGCCCAAGCCCACCAUGCGCUCCGACACUGUGCGCAAGAUCAAGCCGGUCGACGUGUUCUCCUACGCCAUCGACAAGCCGGUGACGGUGAAGCGCGGCCAGUCGGCGCUGGUGCCCUUCCUGUCGGCCGAGUGCUCGGGCCUGUCGUGCUCGCUCUACAACGAGGGCGUCAACGCCAAGAACCCGCUCAUGGUGGUGCGCUUCAAGAACAACUUUGACGUGGCCCUCGACGGCGGUCCUAUGUCCAUCUUCGACGAGGAGACCUGCAUCGGCGAGGCCAUGCUCGAGACCACCCGCAAGGGCGAUGAGAAGUUCGUGCCAUUCGGAGUGGAAAUGAACGUGCUGGUGACGUCCAAGACCGACACGUCGUAUCGGAAUGUGCACAAGGUGACGGUGAACGACGGCCGACUCACCACCACGCGCUACCGCGUCUACGAGAAGGAGUACAAGUUCUCCAACAAGGGCUCCAAGGACAUCGCCGACAUGUUCCUCGAGCACCGCUUCUACAAGGGUGACUACGAGCUCACGGAGACCGACCAGCCGAUGAACAAGACGGAGAACUUCUACCGGUUCCACAUCAAGGUGGUGCACGGUGCCGAGACCCUCUUCACGGUGCGCGAGCGCAAGAUCGAGGACAGCGUGGUCGACUUCAGAUAUGUGAGCGCCGACCAAGUCAACAGCUACCAUGCCCUCAACUACAUUGACAGCAACAUCAAGGACAAGAUGGUGAAGGAUAUCAUCCCGCUCCGCGAGAAGAUCGCCAAGGAGAACUCGGUGAUCAACACCGAGGACAGCGAGCUCCGCACCGCCCUCAGCCGGGAGAACAGCGCCAGGUCCGAGGUCUACCGACUCAACAACCAGUCGGCUCCCCUUACCGAGCACCAGAAGGAGCAGCUCGACACCAACCUCAAGACGAUGAUGGAGAGGGAGGGCGAGAUCCGCAAGCUGAAGGCGUCGCUCAAGAAGAGGCGCGACGCCAACGAGGCCGACCAGACGGCGCUCGACCGCAAGUACGCCGAGCUCAAGUAUUCGGCCGAGCUCUUCCAGCCGCCCAAGGCCAUCCAGGUCCAGGCCUAA